CUCGUCACUCCCGUGUUGUAAAAGCCAUGGCAUCACGAGCUGCAUACCUCUUCCGGUGAUAGUCCCGAGGGAUCGUGGGUCCGACUUUAGACUUCGUAGCACGAUAUGCGCGAUGUUAGGGACCAAUGAGCGCUGCGAUAUAGCUUAUGCGCCCACCCGUAAUGAUCCAUGGCGGUAAAUGCUAGUUAAGGGUGCACAUGGCAAUAACAACGUGGUUCUACACGCACCAGUGGCAUGUGUCCGAUGUGGUGUAGUCCAAAAAGCCCCUUGGGCUCACCGUCUCCCGCCCGAACUUGUUUUGGGAGCGGACCUCAGUACUCGGGAUAACGACAAUGACCACCACGGUUGAGAAAGCGCCCACCGCCCAGAAGACGCCCUGGACGCCGCCCAAUGGCAACUGGAAGACUUACGACCUACACUGUCACUGCGGCACCAUACGUUACCGGAUGAAGCUUUCUCCACACCUCUACGAGGACGAAGUGACACCCGAGCAUCCGGAGCGUUGCGUAGCCAUCAACUGUUACUGUAGCUACUGCGCUCGAAACGGUCAAUGGACGGUGCACCCCUUAUUCGGGAAUGUGGAGUGGACGAAAGGGCUUGACCAUCGCGGGGAAUAUCGGAUAGGUGAGAAUAAGUAUCCGUAUGGGGUGUGCAGGAAGUGUUGUUGCUUCUUGGGUACGGACAGCAGGGAGCUCAUCAAGAAGCUUGGCUUUCAGGAGGAGGUCAGGUGUAGUAUCAAUGUGCGGAUGCUGAAGAACUUCGAUCAGGAUAAAAUGUCGGUAAGGGAUGCACGUGCCAUGAGAGAUAUUGGGGCGCCGUAUACCGUGGGCGACGAGCAAUAGCUCUGCAAAUUGCCUGAUACCUGAGCUUGGUGAUCUGGUAGGGUGUUCUAAGUUGCAGUAGAAGUCGUCUCUUGGGGGCAUCGCUACCGCGUCCAUUUUCGCACCCGCGACUUGUAUUGGGCAAAGAUGGAGGACCUGACUAGGAAGAACGCUUGGAUUCAAGUCGCAGAAAAGUGUUGUAUGACGCCAAGAGAUUUCCUCGUCAUGUGCCUUGUGUUCGCCUUCCGACGUCCAUUCUUCUUACCCGCUCCUGG